UUCCGAAUUGGGUUUUGUUUACUUGAUGCUUGAAUCGUUCAUCGAAUGCAUUCUUGACAAUUCAGGGAUCGAUUAGCAGGUCUUAUAUAGGAUUUUUUUGCCAUUUCUAUUGUUGUGGUAGGUGAAUUAGGGAACCUGUUUGCUCCCAGCUGUUUUUGAAACUGAAAGUGGUGUUUUUGUCAACCAAUCUACUAUUUGUUUUGAUGUAAAUUGUAUAUGUUUCAUGCUUUCUUUUGUUGCUUGAUCCCUGAGAUUUUUUUUUUUUCUGAUUCUCUAUAGGGGUGUAUGCUUGUUUUACUUGUUAUAUUUGGAGAUACACUGGAUUGCUUAUGACUUUCUUCAGUCUCCAGUAAGGGAUAUAGGUGGUUCUUCCAUUGGUUUUUUGUUUUUUGGAAGGUUACAAUCCAAACCUCUUAACUUUGUCCUUUGCCAAAUUCCUUGAAAGCUUACUCACCGUUUUUAUCGUGGGUUUGAUAGUUUUCAACACAUUUUGGUUGGGUGAAAAAAAAAAACUAAUUUUUUUUCAAAGAAAAUUCAUAGAUUUGCUAUCAAUUCUAUAAUUUUCAUUUUGUUAAAUUUUUUACCUUUUUGAGAAUAAGGAAUAUAAUAGUUCUUAGAAGAAGAAGAAGAGACGUUUGUAACGGGUUUUGAUUGCUGGAGAGACUUAUUGUUAUGCCUGGAAGCAAUUGCCCUCUAUGGGAGAUCUGAUAGACAAAGCUAGAUCUUGGAUCCCUUGGGGAGGAAUUGACUUAUCCAGUAUGUCCGGGGAAGUCUGGAUGCCUGACAACAGUUGCAGGAUGUGUUGUAAUUGUGAAAUACGCUUAACAGAGUUCAGCCUUCACUAUCAUUGUCAAAGCUGUGGUCGUGUGUUGUGCGGGAAAUGUGUGCAGGCAGUUGGUGCUUCUGUUGUAUCAGAUGGUUGGGAAAAUACCACCAAGGCUGAGAGACUAAUCAAAUGUUGCAACUUCUGCUUUGAGGUUAACAUUGGGCAUGAAGCUGGGGGACAGUACAAUGAUAAAAUUGAUCAUUCAUCUAUUCAGUGGAGUCCUGAACAGGCAGUUUCUUGUUUAAGUAGUGAUAUUUUAAAUGAUGAAAAUAAUAGCAAAACGUUUCAGAGUGAUCAUCUCACACACUUUCUUGAAGCAGAAAGUCAUGGUUCUUCUCCCCAUGCAGUUGCUGGCUACAGUAUGGGUUCAUCCAUUAGUUACCUAUCUCCAAUGUCUAUUCGUUGCUCUUCUAGCAGGAGUGAUGAGGAAGAUGGAGAGGAGACUGGGAGGCAUUUUUUUAGUCCAUCAAGUGAAUACUUCCAAGAUGCUUCUGAUAUAGAUAGUGUUAGUGCUAGAUAUGAGUUUUACAGUGUCACAUCAGGAGGUUCAAGUCCUAUGGGAAGCCCUUAUAGAAUGACUCGCACUCCUAGGGCAAGCUAUUUUAAACAGCAGGCGCAGAUGGGAAGCCCAGCGAACCAGAAUGAUGCUUCCCUUAAUCAAGAGACUAUGGCCAGUUUAAGAAGGCCAGAGACAGAAUGCAAGGUUCUAGAAACCACCGAUUAUUGCUCCGAUGAUGAAGAGGUACAGCAGCCAUUAGAUAUUGAAAACAAUGAUCUGAUUUGGUCUCCUCCACCGGCUGAUGAUGAAGAGGAUGAGUCAGAGAACAAUUACUUUGCAUAUUAUGUUGAGGAUGAUGAUGUUGGAGCAACAGAUGAUAUGUUCUCAUCUAGUAGUCUUAACAGCGAUAUGUUCCCAGUUGGACAGAAGCUGAAUGAUGGAAGGAAGGAACCUCUUAGAGCUGUGAUACAUGGGCAUUUUAGAGCUCUUGUAUCACAAUUGUUACAAGGUGAAGGCAUCUUUAUAGGAAAUGACAAUGGUGGGGAAGAUUGGCUGGACAUAGUUACAUCAGUUGCAUGGCAAGCUGCUAAUUUUGUGAAACCAGAUACAAGCAGGGGAGGCAGUAUGGAUCCCGGUGAUUAUGUAAAGGUUAAGUGUAUACUGUCAGGAACUCCAAGUGAAAGCACCCUUAUUAAGGGAGUGGUUUGUACAAAAAAUAUAAAACACAAACGCAUGACAUCACAAUACAGAAACCCUACGUUGCUUCUCUUGGCUGGAGCAUUAGAGUACCAAAGAGUUUCAAAUCAAUUGGCAUCUUUUGAUACCUUACUCCAACAGGAAAUCGAUCAUCUCAAGAUGGUUGUUUCAAAGAUAGAGACCCAUCACCCUAAUGUUCUACUGGUAGAGAAAAGCGUAUCUUCAUAUGCUCAGGAAUAUCUUCUGGAGAAGGAAAUUUCCUUAGUAUUGAAUGUAAAGAGACCAUUAUUGGAGCGCAUAGCUAGGUGUACUGGUGCUCUUAUUGUUCCAUCAAUUGAUAAUCUUCCCAAAGCACGAUUAGGACACUGUGAAAAUUUUCGAUUGGAGAGAGUUUCUGAAGAAUGUACUUCUUCAAGUCAGCCUAAUAAGAAAUCGUCUAAGACCUUGAUGUUUUUUGAAGGUUGUCCAAGGCGCUUGGGUUGCACGGUCCUUCUGAGGGGCACAUGUCGGGAAGAACUAAAGAAGGUUAAACAUGUAGUUCAAUAUGCAGUAUUUGCAGCCUAUCAUUUGUCUCUGGAGACUUCCUUCCUUGCUGAUGAGGGUGCAAGUCUGCCUAAGAUGGCACUGAAAUCUCCAAUUACAAUACCAGAGAGGAUGACCAGAUCCAAUCAUUCCAUUUCAGUAAUCUCUGGUUCAACUCUGUCUACUGUUUGCCAGGAUCUAACUGAUGAAUCCCACCGUGUCGGUGCAUGUGACCCACUGGGGACAUCAUCUUAUCAUCCAACUUCAGAUGUCUUUACUCAAAAUGAGACACUCACAGGUCUUUUGACACACACAGAAAUUGAACCCAUAUGUCAGCAUAUUCAUACGGGUCAUAUGUCUGUGUCCUCUCCUGGUGCUAUUGACCCUGGGGUUGGUAUGAUCCUCCAGGAUUCACACAUUGAGCAUUCAGCCCCACUUGUUGCUAAGCAACAACGUACCCAGAUGCAAUAUGAUGCCUUAAGGGGCUCUUCUGUGCUUCCUUCUAAUAUUGGAAGUCAUUUUCAACAUGAAUUACUGGAAGCCUCCAUUCAAGAGGACGUGAUGAUAAGAAAUCAUAAGCAGCUGGGAGGAGUUCCUGAGCUCAUGAACACUGAAGGGGUUGGUUUGAAUGAGGUCAUGGGAGAAUAUUUCUCAGUUGCUGACAAUCAUCAGAGCAUAUUGGUUUCCUUUUCUAGCCCUUGUGUGCAGAAAGGAACGGUUUGUGAACGAUCACAGCUCUUUCGUAUCAAGUUCUAUGGCAAUUUUGAUAAACCCCUUGGAAGGUUUCUUCAUGAUGACUUGUUUGAUCAGGCAACCUUCUGCCGGGCUUGUGAACCUCCAAAAGCUCAUGUUCUAUGCUAUACCCACCAGCUAGGCAGUCUUACAAUAUAUGUUAAGAGUGUUCCCUCUGUGAAGUUAUCUGGAGAGCGCGACGGAAAGAUCUGGAUGUGGCACCGAUGCCUCAAGUGUGCACAUAAGGAUGGUGUUCCACCUGCAACUCGUAGAGUGGUUAUGUCAGAUGCUGCAUGGGGGCUUUCUUUUGGAAAAUUUUUGGAGCUUAGCUUUUCAAAUCACACGACUGCUAAUCGUGUUGCAAGCUGUGGUCAUUCUCUUCAGAGGGACUGCCUUCGUUUCUAUGGAUCUGGGAGCAUGGUUGCAUUCUUCCGUUAUGCCCCUAUUGACAUCCUCUCUGUUCAUUUACCUCCCUCAGUUUUGGAAUUCAAUGGGCAUGUUCAACAAAGAUGGGUCCAAAAAGAAUCAGAGGAGCUUUCCAAGAAAAAGGACUCGUUGUAUACCGAGAUAUUUGAUGUACUCCAAAGCAUUGAAAAGAAAAGUACAUCUGUUGGGCAUGAACCUACAGAUAUGACUGAAUUUCAUAAUCGUGUUAUGGAGCUGAAAGAUCUUAUGAAAAAGGAGAAAAAUGAAUACGAUAAUUUGUUACAAUCAUCUAGCAUAGAGGAUCGCCACCCAGGUCAGACAUCAGUUGACAUUUUAGAGCUCAACCAUUUGAGACGCUGCCUCUUAAUUAAUUCUUUUGUUUGGGAUAGCAAAUUAUGUUCAUUGGACUGUCUUCUUAGAAGAAAGAGUUCAAUUUCCAAGUCUCCUUCUACUCAUGAGUUAAGACAAUGGAGAAAUGAACUCGGCUCUGGUCAUGAAGAAAAUAAGUCAGGGCUAAUGGAAGAGCCUAAUUUGCAACCCCUGGAGAUUGGCUCAAAUCAACUGACCAAAAUGGACUCAUCGACAAUCAUGUCUGUCAAGGGUGAUCAUCUUGAAGAUCUUGAGAUGACCUCUGGCCAUCAUCAUCGGUUGCAGGACAUUCAAGUAGAUGGAGAGGUUCCAGUUGAGAAUACAUCCUUGGAGAAUCUCCCUUCUACUUCGACUCUUUCUGUUAAAAUAGAUUCAGCAUGGACAGGUACGAGACCACGACCUGUGGAUGCUCUGUUUCUUCAAGCAUCACAACCAGAUGGGAACCACCAUGGUUCAGUUGGGCUUAUAAGUCAGAGGAAUCAUCCAUCUGUCAGAAGGCUCAUGUCUCCUGUGAGAGUAUAUUCAUUCGAUUCUGCAUUAAGAAUCCAGGAUAGUAUACGGAAAGGACAGUCCUCAUCGCAUUUAUCCUCGCUUAGGUCUUUCCAAGCUUCUGGAGAUUACAGGAGUGUGGUUAGAAAUCCUGCUGCUAAAAUGCGAAGGACCUACUCUCAUGUCUCGACAAGAGAGAUCAAGAAAUUAAAUAUCAUCAAUCCCGCCCCUUCUUUCAUCUCCUCUGCUGCAUUUAUGGCUAGUGAAGGAGUUCGAUUAUUACUUCCACAAACAGGCCAGAAUAACAUUGUUAUUGCUGUUUAUGACGAGGAACCCACCAGUGUCAUUUCCUAUGCUCUUAUUUCCAAGGACUAUGAGGAAUGGAUGGCUAAAUUGAAUGAGCAUGAAGGAGGAUGGAGUGCAAAUGAGAGCAACAAAGAGGAUGCCUACUACAAUUUAUCAGGUUAUAAUCAUGCGUCAGCUUCUACAUUUUCAAUUUGGCAGUCCCUUGGCCCUGUAGACUCAGAUGACAUCCUCCAACGAAGUUAUGGAUCUGAUGAUGUAUCAUCGACAAUAGGGAGCCUUUUCUCAGAUCACAAGAGAUCUCCUCAUGUCAAGAUCUCUUUUGAGGACAAGUCAUCUUCCACAGGCAAAACAAAAUUCUCAGUUACCUGUUAUUUUGCUAAGCAAUUUGAUACUCUUAGGAAGAAAUGCUGUCCUAAUGAAGUAGAUUUCAUACGUUCAAUAAGCCGUUGCAGAAGUUGGAGUGCUCAGGGUGGGAAGAGCAAUGUGUAUUUUGCAAAGUCAUUGGAUGAGAGGUUUAUUAUAAAACAAGUCACUAAGACAGAGUUGGAUUCUUUUGGGGAGUUUGCACUGGAAUAUUUCAAAUAUUUGACAGAUUCUCUUACUUCAGGAAGCCCAACUUGCCUGGCUAAAGUCCUUGGUAUUUAUAAGGUCACUGUGAAGAAUUCAAAAGGCGGGAAGGAGACAAAAAUGGAUUUAAUGGUGAUGGAGAAUCUCUUCUUCAGGAGAAGUAUCUCAAAGGUCUAUGAUCUAAAGGGCUCCUCUCGAUCUCGCUGCAAUCCAGAUACAACAGGGGAGAACAAUGUGCUAUGGGAUAUGAAUCUAUUGGAAGCACUGCGCACAAAACCCAUAUUUCUUGGGAGUAGGGCCAAGAAAGUCCUAGAGAGAGCAGUUUGGAACGAUACAGCCUUUCUAGCGUCAAUUGAUGUUAUGGAUUAUUCGUUGCUGGUUGGGGUGGAUGAGGAGAGGAAGGAACUGGUUUUAGGGAUCAUUGAUUACAUAAGGCAAUAUACAUGGGACAAGCAUUUGGAGACAUGGGUGAAGGCAUCAGGUAUCCUUGGUGGACCCAAAAAUGAAUCUCCAACAGUUAUCUCUCCCAACCUGUACAAGAAAAGGUUCAGAAAAGCAAUGUCGAGUUACUUUCUUACAGUGCCUGACCAAUGAUCCCCUUAAAAAUUAUUAUUAUUAUUUUUUUUAACUUUUCAAUUAUUCCUUAUCAAUUUUUUUCACAGCAAUGAGAGCUGUUCCUAAAUAAUACAAGUGGAUCAGUGUCAAUUGUAAUUGUUGUAAUCUAUUACCUUGAAUAAAAAGGGUGAGUUUGGGCAUUUUAUUC